AUGUUGUUAGAAAGUCCCCGGAAUCUUGUGUUCUAUAUCCGGAAAAUCGAAAAGUGUUCAGAAUUUGGUGAAACUGGAAUGGGUCUGAUCUCGCCGGAAAAAGGCUGGACUGUUUCGCGCGUGACGGCGCAUGGAGAUCUGGUUGCCGGAAAUAAGUGCUGGGGUUUGGUCGGUUUGGGGUUGGUUCUCGCUGAGAGAGAUGAGGUGGUCGGAAAAAUGCUUGUCAGUUUGGACUACUCUUACGUGAAAACAAGUUUGUUCUGUUAUCAGGUCAUCGACAAGUCAUUUGGCUUUGAUACUGCCGUAGAGGAGGCUCAACGUGCCAUCAAUGCAGCGCAUGUUGAAGCUCAAAGUGCUGAGAACGGUAUCGGUGUGGUGAAGCUAAUGGGCCGCUAUAGUGGAUUCAUUGCAAUGUAUGCCACUUUGGCGAGCAGAGAUGUUGACUGCUGUUUGAUUCCAGAGUCACCCUUCUAUCUUGAAGGAAGUGGUGGUCUCUUCGAAUUCGUUAAGAAAAGUCUCAGAGAAGAUGGGCACAUGGUUAUUGUGAUAGCUGAAGGAGCUGGACAGGAACUUCUUGCAGAAGAAAAUUCCCAUGCUAGAAGCGAACAAGAUGCUUCAGGAAACAAGCUUCUCCAAGAUGUUGGUUUGUGGGUAUCCCAGAAAAUCAGGGAUCAUUUUGAAAAAAAGCUUAAAAUGCCCAUUACUCUUAAAUAUAUAGACCCAACUUACAUGAUUCGUGCUGUUCCGAGUAAUGCAUCUGACAAUGUAUAUUGCACGAUUCUUGCUCAAAGUUGUGUUCAUGGAGCUAUGGCAGGGUAUACAGGCUUUACCUCGGGGGUUGUGAAUGGUCGUCAAACAUAUAUUCCAUUCAAUCGCAUUACUGAGAAGCAAAAUAAGGUGGUCAUAACUGACAGGAUGUGGGCACGGCUUCUUUCGUCGACCAAUCAGCCAAGCUUCUUGAGCACAAAAGACAUUGUUGAAGUGCAAAAGGGGCAGCACCCACCAACUCAGUUAUUAGAUGGGGAUAACAAUGACAGUGAGACUUCAGGAACUUAUUUGAAGGUUUUGGAUCUGUUACCGUGCCUCAGCUGUGGGCAGUAACAGAUAUGUAUAUUGAAGGUUUUGUUGUAUCUAGUGAAGUUGCCGCCAAAGCUUCGUUGUAUUCAUGAUUAUGAACCAUAUUUAUUUGUAUGUUGUGGAGGUGUUGCUUCCCAAUUUUUUGGUUA